CGCCGAGCCAGCCGGAAGCACUCCUGCCAGGCGGCGGGGCUUGCUAGGGCGGCUGCUCCGCUCAUGGCGUCCCUGCCGCGUCCGGGCCCGGCGGGAUCACAGUGCGCUGCGCUCGCGGAGCGGCGGCCCGGGAUCGAGGGGCUGGAGGCAGUUCCCCGCCUUGUUCUCGCUCACUUCUGAGGGGCCGGCCGAGACGCUUUACACUCUGCGCAUGCGCCAUCGUGUACCUUCCGCACGCACGGCGCAUGCGCGUCCAGCCAUCGCCUGAUCUCUUGCAUACGAGCGCCGGGGGGGGACGUCUUGACGAAAUGACGGUGCGGCGCGGCUCGUUGUUGCCAUGGUGAUGGUACACAGCUCACGGGGAGAGUGCGGGCCUCGGAGCCGCUAUGAUCCCCCCGGCGGACUCGCUGCUCCGCUACGAGACCCCGGUGCUGGUGAGCCGCAACCCGGAGAAGCGCUCCCCGAAGGCACGUUCUUUGAAAGUGAGUCCUCAGCAGCCUGUGUCAACAGGACCUGUGCCACCUCCUCCAAAACCCAAGACGACUCCUACAGCUGUAGAUCCAACAAAACAGGCAGAGGAAAUCUUAAACGCAAUCCUGCCACCAAGAGAAUGGGUGGAAGACAAUCAGCUAUGGAUUCAGCAGGUGUCCACCACUCCCAGUACCCGAAUGGAUGUAGUUCAUCUGCAGGAAGAGCUGGAUCUCAAACUACAGCAAAGACAGGCUCGAGAAACUGGGAUUUGUCCUGUCCGCAGGGAACUCUACUCACAAUGCUUUGAUGAACUUAUCCGUGAGGUUACGAUUAACUGUGCAGAGCGGGGACUGUUGCUGCUUCGAGUCAGAGAUGAAAUCCGAAUGACCAUCGCUGCCUAUCAGACACUGUAUGAGAGCAGUGUUGCCUUUGGUAUGAGGAAGGCAUUACAGGCUGAGCAGGGCAAAUCUGACAUGGAAAAGAGAAUUGCAGAAUUAGAAGAUGAAAAGCGAGAUUUGGAAAGACAAGUGAAUGAGCAGAAAGCUAAAUGCGAAGCUAUUGAAAAACGUGAAAGUGAAAGACGGCAGGUAGAGGAGAAGAAACAUGGUGAAGAGGUGCAGUUCUUGAAACGAACUAAUCAGCAGUUGAAGGCCCAACUUGAAGGCAUCAUUGCACCAAAGAAGUAGAUUUCCUUGUGGGGCCCUGCAGGAAGAACUCAUGAAACCUUUCUCUGAGCAAGGAGGUUGUGGUUAGUGACCCAGGUCUGUCUCAUUCACAGUGAUCCUGAUUUCCACACUUUAAAGUAACUAGAAACAUUGGAAUUGUAUUCCUUCUCCCCUUCCCUAUUCUAAUAGAUUAAAGUGUUUUGCUAAUUACUGAGACCUCAUUUUCAGCGACUUUUCAGCAUCCAGCUCUUUGUAUGCUGAACAUGUCUGGGAUUUGCCUCUGUGAUUCUCUAACCUAUCACUGUUAAGGUCAUACUCUUUUUAAUAAACUUUUUUGACAGUA